AUGCAAAGAUUUGUUACUCGUACUGCUACUCGUGGAUUUAAGACUUUUAGUCCAACAUUAUUCAAGGCCGGUAGUGCUAUCCCAUCCGGAUUACCAGGUCUACAUGAGAACUCUCCCGGUAAUGCAAUUGAUAUCGGCGAAGAAGUUGCAAAGGGGAAAUCUAUCAUCGUGGGUGUACCAGCAGCUUUUUCACCUGCAUGCUCUGCAUCUCAUGUUCCAGGAUACGUCAACCAUUUCCAAGAACUGAAGAAUAAGGGUGUCCAACAGGUUUUCGUGACCCCCGUUAACGAUGCCUUCACUACAAAGGCAUGGGCUCAAAGUUUGAACUUACCUCAAGGUAUUAGAAUCAUUGCAGAUUCACAAGGUGCAUUUGCAAAAGCUGGUGAUCACCUCUUUGAUUCUGAAAAAGUGUUCGGUAACAAGCGUUCCAUUAGAUUUGCUGCUAUCGUGCAAGAUGGUAAAGUAGUUCAAGAGUUUGCAGAACCUGAUAAAAUUGGUCUAGAUGUCUCCUCAGCAGAAAACGUCUUGAAACAUUUGUAG